AACCCGUGUGUUUCAUGUCCGUGUUGCAGUGGGUGACGCGUACGGCAGCUACCUCGGCAGCCUGCACCACCCCGGCCAUGCGUCGCCGUACGGCAUGGGCUCGCAGUACGGCGUGCCCGGCAGCCUCGGCGGCGCCCUGGGCGGGCCCCUGGGCGCGCCCCUCUCGCCCGGCGGCGGCCUCGGCGCCUACGUCCAGCCCGCCACCUCCACGGACGACCUGUACCUGCUAGAGAUGGGCUUCCCCCCGAGACCGCCCAAGACCAAGAAGAUCAAGAGGCUCAAGAGCGGCGACCCUGCGGGCCAGGCGAAGCGCAAGAGCCGGGAAGGAUCCACUACGUACCUGUGGGAGUUUCUCCUGAAGUUACUCCAAGACCGAGAGUUCUGUCCGCGCUACAUCAAGUGGACAAACCGGGAGAAGGGCGUCUUCAAGCUAGUGGACUCCAAAGCGGUCUCAAGGUUGUGGGGCCUGCACAAGAACAAACCCGACAUGAACUACGAGACCAUGGGAAGAGCCUUAAGGUAUUACUACCAACGAGGCAUUCUGGCGAAGGUGGACGGCCAGCGGCUGGUGUACCAGUUCGUGGACGUCCCGAAGGACAUCGUUGAGAUUGACUGCAGCGGGGCGUGAGGCGUUCCGGACGAGCGAGGCGCAAGGCGAGGCGGGGCGGGGCAGCGCAGCCCGCCACGCCCCGCCACACUCCGCCCCACCACGCGCCGCGCGGUUACCGACUACGCCCCCCGAGCAGCACCUCCUUGGUCACCUCAGUACAACUCACUCACUGCCAGGCCCGACGGCCCCUGCAGCUGCGUCAGCCGCGCUCAGCCCCCUGUAGACUGACAAGUACAAGUAGUGCAGCGCGCAGCGCCCCGGCGCAGGGCCAGGGCCGGCCCAGCCCGGCCAAAGCAAGGCCAAGUCAGGCCAGUCGCAGCAGACCCUCCUCGCGGGGGAUGUGGCUGCAAGUCAGAGAAGAACUGAUGCAGUCUCAAGAGAUGUUUUUUGUUUUUGAUGAAAAUUUGGCAUAGCCUCCACGUCAGCAAAAAAAUCAACGACCUCUUGUCAAUUUUGUCGUGACUUGAUCUCAGGAAAUCAUAAUUAAUGUGUAGUAAGCUCUCGUGUUUGCUUUCUCAAAUUUUAUUUGUUGUUUCUUUUUGUUUGUUUUUUAAAUAAUUUUCUUUACGUUUUGUCUCCCUAAUUGUUUUCCAUUUACGUACAUUGAUGAGAACUCUUGGAUUUUAUUUAAGUGAAAGCAUGGGUUUCUUUCUGGAAGUUUAUAGUUAAAUAUCAGUUCAUAUUGGAUUCAGAUCUGAAAUUUUGAAAUAUUUUCUGUGGUAUCAUCCAAACCAUAUAUUUUUUUUCACUCUUUUGAGGUCCAAUUUAGCUGUUGGAAGAUGGGAGCCCACAAUGCAUGACCUGAAAGUAUGUAAAUUAUCGUAUUAAGUAAUUUAUUAUCAGAGAUGUAUGUAGAUUUUAAUUGUGGAGUCAAAAAAUUCUACUCCAAAAAAAGAAAUUUGAAUCCAAAGAUAAAUUGAUGUAUUUAAAUAGAAAAUUUUAUUAUAAAACUAUUGAGAAAUUAAUUCAAAGAAAAUUGUAGGAUGAGUUUCUCUCUAGAGUUGAUAUUACAAGCUCAUGCUUUCUUUUGAGUUGAGGUGUUGUGUUGAUUAAAAUUUUGUGAGAGAUUUCUUGAACUGCACUGUACUUAAUAGUCAAGUACCUGGUACUUGAUGUGUUGAUUGGAUAAAGUUACCCUUGAUAGCAUAAUUUUAAGUGAUUGUUAGAGUAUGAUUGGUAAGGCAAAAUGUGUGAUUGUGUGUGUGCAUGUGUGUGAGAUAGUUGGAGAGAGAGAGAGAGAAGACUCAUGUAUAGACUGUUGACGAUAGAUGGGCGUGUGAAUGUGUGAUAUAAAUGUCUAGGUA